AUGCGGCUGUCCUUCAUCGCCUCCGCCUUCAUAGGGCUGGCUGCUUGCAGCUCACCUUCUGCCGGCGAUUCUGAUCUCGCUCUCUUCGGUGCCCCGCGCCACAACCUCGACGGUGUGCUUCCUGUACUCGACAUCGAGGAGCAGUACAUCCGCAGCCAGACCGACGGCAGCGUCAAGGCCUUUGGUGGUACCAACCUCCAGUGUAGCGCCGCCAACCCCUGCCCCGACGGUAGCUGCUGCAACUCUCAAGGACAAUGCGGCUACCGCGACGAGCAUUGCAAGGAGUCUUGCGUAGCCACUUGCGAUGCCAAGGCUCCAUGUGGUGUGAACAGUAAGAACGGUGGACAGGCCUGCCCGCUUAACGUCUGCUGCUCGCACUUUGGGUUCUGCGGCGCAAGCGAGGCGUUCUGUCGUGAUGAGACUGCGUCUGGUCAGAGCACUCCGUGUCAGAAGGGCUUUGGCAAGUGCGGUACUGUGAAGUCACUCGCGCAACCUUCUUGUGGAACAGGUAGCGGUACGGCUUCGCGAAAGAUUGCCUACUACGAGGGUUGGAACACUCGUCGCCGACCUUGUGACAAGGUCUGGCCUGCCAACAUUGACACUACCGGCUUGACGCACCUGAUCUUCUCUUUUGCUACAAUCGACCCAGUGACAUUCGCGGUUUCACCUAUGCACCCCGAUGACGAGAAGCUGUACGCAGACUUCUUCGCUCUCAAGGAUGGGUCCCAGAAGUGGAUUGGCAUUGGCGGAUGGGAGUUCUCUGACGCUGGUGCCACGCGCUACACUUGGUCUCAAAUGGCCAGCAGCAAGACCAACCGCGACGCCUUCAUUGCCUCACUCUCCAAGUUCCUCGACAAGUGGAGCUUCCAGGGUAUUGAUAUUGACUGGGAGUGGCCGGGUGCUGAGACUCGUGGUGGCAAUCCAGCCAUUGACAAGCAGAACCAGAUUGAUCUCAUGAAGGAGUUGCGUGCAGCUCUUGGUUCUCGCGGUCUGUCAGUCGUCGUGCCAGCACAGUAUGAGUAUUUGAAGAACCUUGACCCCAAGUCGCUCGAGUCAAAUGUGGACUUCCUUAACAUCCUCGCCUAUGAUCUUCAUGGUCCUUGGGAUGCAUCGAUUCCUGGCCUCGGUCCUCUCAUCAAGCCGCACACCGAUCUCAAGGAGAUUGACACCGCUCUCGACCUCCUCUGGUUCAACGAUGUGACUCCCGCAAAGGUCAAUCUUGGCGUUGCCAACUAUGGCCGUGGAUACACCCUCGCUGACGCGGGCUGCACACACCUCGGAUGCACAUGGAACGGACCCUCUCAGGCUGGCGAAUGCACCGAGCUCGCAGGCAUACUUUCGCAGUGCGAAAUUCAGCGCCUCAUCGGCCAGAAGAAUCUGCAGCCUGAGAUCAUCAAGGAUGGCGCAGGUGUCAAGCAGAUCAUCUUCGACGGCCAGUGGGUUGGAUACGACGACAAAGAGACUCUAGGACUGAAGACGGAGCUCGCCAAUGACCGCUGUCUCGGCGGUACGGCGCUGUGGGCUAUCGACUAUGCUUCCUGUGGUGGCGGCCCAGGCGGCCCUGGGGCUCCUCAGUCAAGCUCCGCUGUGCCUGUGCCUUCUGCUCCUGGUGUUUCGGUUGCUCCUUCGGUGCCUGCAUCAUCGGCGCCGGCAUCGUGGACACCUGAGCCAUCGGCUUCGGCACCUAUAUCUUCGACACCUGAUUUAUCGUCAUCGACGCCAGUCGUCUCUUCUGUGUCCGGCUCUGUGACAUGGUCGUCCGAGACUUCUUUACCGCCGCCGGCGCAAUCGUCACAGGUCGUUUCUUCCAUCGGCUCUUCAGCUGCAUCAGAGACUACACCGUGGUCUUCGGAUGCUUCCUCGGCUUGGACAUCAGCGCAGUCAUCACAGAUCGCAUCCUCAACAGCCGAGAUCAUAUCUCCAAGCACUUCAACAGCCGAGAUCAUAUCUCCAAGCACUUCAACAGCCGAGAUCAUAUCUCCAAGCACUGCUGUGUCAGAGUCUGCUCCAUGGUCUUCACCAGCGUCUUCAAUCUCGCAGACUGUUCAGUCGUCGCAAGAUAUGUCCACGGCAUCUCAAUAUACCUCGUCGCUCGCAUCCGGGGUUCAGUCAUCUGAAGCUGUGCAGACAUCGACAGAUGUACCCACAUCCUCAUUCACGUCCGGAUUUCAAUCGUCUGAUGGAGCUACAACAGUAAUCCCAAGUGUCUCUUCCACCGGCUCACUCACCACAGAGCCGUCAGCAUCGCUAUCAUCGACCAAUGCUUUCUCGUCCGCGGCAUCAUCUGUUCCAAGCUCAUCUGCAGCAUGGUCAUCUCAAGAUUCGUCGACAGCUUCAUCAGUUGCAUCGAGGCUCGACUUCCCUAGACUCAACGUCCUCUGGGCUGAGUUCACCGUCGCAGUCUGGGAGCGGUGCGCUGACUUCGCAAGUGUCUUCAACCUCAUCACAGCCAGCAAGUUCAAGUAUCGGAGGGUCUUCGUCAGCCUCAGAACAGACGUCGACGACCUCAACAACUCCAUCAUCGCUCUCAAGUACAUCCAGUACAUCAGCGACACCUAUACCGACCGGCUUGUUUGGCGACCUUUGUCCUAA